AUGCCCAGAGAAGUCUUACAAUAUGACAGUCUCAGGACUGUUUUACAGUAUAUAGAAGCUAACAAAAGACUUCAUCUAUCCCAAUUUAUUCCAUCAAUCCGCUUUGCCGAGAAAGUCGUGCCUCUCAAAAUCGACAAUCUUCAGUUCAACGAGCUUGGAGUUAACAUAAACUCUACAACCUAUCAACUGAGUCUCUAUAGAGACUUUCAUCAAGGCGAGGAAGUGGUCGACCCCUUCCAAAAAGAGAACGAUAUGGGCGGUGUCCAAAAUGAUCUGGAUCAGUUCGGUUUCUUAGUUCCAAUAAAUAGGACGGACGUGGUACCAGGAGAAAUCGUUUUCGGAGAUGUUGUCCAUCAAAAUCGUAAUUUCACACCAAAUCUUCAACCUUCGUUUCCGUGUUCUCACCAACAAAACGAUGAGCGAAUGAGACGAUACUAUGAGAAACAUCUGGAAAUAUACCAAAUUGCGUUGAUGAGACGUUUGGAGCAAGGAGAUCCAGAAAGAGAAGAAACUCCAGCUCGUUCGUUUCAUCCGUUAUUGGUCAGGUUGUUCACAGACGACGAAUUGCUUGCAACGGCUGGUCCAGUUCGCCAAGAACUAACUGAGGAGGAGUUAGAAGGGAAACUAGCCGUUCUCACUCGCGUGCCAACCUGGUACCUGGAGAAGAUAAUCACUCUUUUGCGCUACUGUCUCCAGCCGUUCGACUGUCUACAUAACAAUAGAGCAAUCCCCUUCACAACACUUAUCCAGCUCACAAUCAAAAGUAAAGAUCAAGUGGAACGAAUCGAAAGGUAUCCAUACACAGUGAAGCUGCACGAAGCAAUGCGAAAACUCAACCGGAUGAUGUUUGGAGGACGAUCUUCCAUUGUCAAUGUUUACACAUUUUCCUUCCGACUUAGAAACGUAGUGCUACGAAUUCCAGAAGGUUUGAAAAUUCGAGUACGAGAUUUGUGGUUGGACGAAAAUAUGAAUGGACGCCUUGAAGCUUUGGGCAAUAUAAUUGAUGAAUCGAGUUACCCCCUUGAAGUACUCACUAUUUUCAACGCUGAAGAAGAAGAAGCUGAUCCCUUUUCCCAUCCUAUUUUAACAAGUGCCCGGAAUCUUAUUUUGGAGGGAUUUAAACCAACAGAUAUGACUCGUCUAUUGAACCUAAGAAACGAAAAAGUAUUUUUCGAAUAUUGUACGCGUGCUCGAUCCCUUACUGUUGAAAAUCUUCUUUCAUUUGUUCGAAAUGUACUCGCAGCUAGAUCCCCGGUCGGAGUUUAUAGAUCAUUCAGAGUACAGGAUGAAGCUUUAGGCAGAAAUUUUUUAAAUCAAGUUGCGGAACAGUUCAAUGGAAUCAGAAGAUUCAGAACUGCCAGAAUCCCUAUGGGAAAUGAUUCUAUCCUCGAAAUGUUUUACAAUGAUACUCUCUCAAACGUUCUAGAAGACCGUCCACCAAUAACGAAGUGGACCGUCGUAAUGACUGUUGUGGCGGCUUGA